CUAUGCUGUUACUAAGCGGUGAUGUAUUACGACAGUGUUACGUUACUACACCUAAUAGGAAAUGCACAUGCGCACUAGUGUGCCCGGGAACUGUAGAGCUUGAGAGGUUUGGACUAAACGAAAACUAACUGUACUCCCGUCUCCUGUCUGGUCAUUUCUCCACAACACAAAUAUUACAGUGGCGACGAGGUGAUUACACUUCUUUAARGGACAUUGCUUGAAGGGAAGAAUGUUGCGUGAGUAAUGAAACUCAAAAUAAUUAUGUAAUUCGUCAGUUAUUUUUUAUUUUCUUUCGCCAGUAAAAAAAGGCUAAGCACUGGUACAGUGUUCAGGAGCUGCCAAGUAGCAAGACUAUUGGAGUCCAGAAUAGCGACACUGCCCUCUGGUGGUAAAAAAAAAUUAUAAUCAUUGAACCCAUUGAAAUUAGYCGAUCUCAGUGGAGAAAUAUUGUCAAGAAGAAAAWAAAAGGAAGAAGGAACGUAACACGGUGUGUACAUUAUUACAAAGGAGUGCAGUGAAUGAAGUAAUUGCAGAAACUUCUGAAGUGAAGAAUUAGAUGAAAAUUAAGAAAAUUAAGGAAUAAGGAAACUGAACAAUUAACUGUGAAAAUGGCAACCAUUGGUCGAGUACCAGAGUUUGAGGCUACAAAAGAGGAUUUUGAUUCCUAUUUGGAGCGUUUUGAGCGUUGGCUGGCUGCAAAUGAAAUCAAAGAUGAAAAGAAAGCAGACGUAUUUCUCUGUGUUUUGGGUCCAAACUGAGUAUGGAUUGCUGAAAGGUCUCAUUUAACCAAUAAAAGCAGUGGAGUUGAACUAUGCAGAACUGACUGAAACUCUUUCAAUGCAUUUCAAGCCUAAGUCAAUUCUCAUUGCAGAACGUUUCAGAUUUUACCAACGUCACCAGAGUCAAGGGGAAACCGUGGCUGACUACAUCCUUGCUUUGAAAAGGCUGGCAAGUACAUGUGAGUUUGCACAAUUUCUUGAUGAUGCUCUUUGAGACAAGUUUGUAUGUGGUCUCACAGGUGAAGCAUAUCACAGAAGGCUUCUGUCAGAGAAGGACCUGACCUUUCGGAAAGCCUGUGAUAUCGCACUUGGACUCGAGCUUGCCCACAGGGAUACUAUUGAGCUAAUCGGGAUAUGCAGAACGUCAGAAAGGUGUUCACAAGGUCAGUGAUGCACGUGGUGAUAAAGGCUCACAAAAGUCACACUUUUCCAAGUCCCGUCCUCAAGGUUACACAAGAACAAAGCAGCCCACAUAUCAAAGGUCUAAGCCAAGUUGCUACAGAUGUGGGGGAGAUAAUCAUCAGCACAGUGAAUGUCGAUUCCAAAAUGUAAAGUGCCACAAUUGUGUUAAGGUUGGACAUUUACAGAAAGUGUGUAAAGCCUCAAAACGCACAGCAAGAGCGCACAAAGUGUCAGACACAGCACAAGAAGAGGAAGGUACAACUGAAACAGUAUUGGAACUGUUCACAGUGUACACAGCUCAACAACAAAACAAUGGAAUCUAUCUCAACAUGGAGUUAGCGGGAAAACCAGUAAAAAUGCAGCUGGACACCGGAGCGUCUGUAUCUCUGGUCCCAGAGAGACUCUACAAAGAAAAACUGAAAGAGUGCCCUCUUCAGCCAGCGUCCAUCCGCCUUUCUUCAUACACUGGUGACACUAUUCCUGUGUUAGGGCAGAUCCAGGUACCAGUCCGGUAUGAGGGGAAGGAGUGGACGCUACCGCUUGUCAUUGUUAAAGGAGAAAAAUCAGCCUUGCUAGGCAGAAACUGGCUACAAAAGAUCAAGUUGAACUGGGGAGAAAUCUUCAGUCUGAGAAAGGACAAACCAGUGAGUCAGGCUACACUCACUAACAUGCUGGAGAAGCACAAAGAACUUUUCAAAGAUGGCUACGGCGAAAUACAAGACUUCACAGCAAAAGUCAGAGUGCGAGAAGGAACCAAGCCUAUCUUUCACAAACCACGUCCAGUUCCCUAUGCUCUUAAGGAAGCAGUAGAGAUGGAACUGGACCGCCUACAGAAGAAUAACAUAAUCACGAAAGUAGCGAGGAGCGACUGGGCCGCUCCGAUUGUUGUAGUCCCAAAGAAAGACAAGACCGUCAGAGUGUGCAGUGACUACAAGGUCACAGUAAAUCGCUGCAUACUACCAGAGGAAUAUCCACUACCAAACGCCGAAGAUCUGUUUGCCACUCUAGCUGGUGGGAAGGUUUUCAGUUAUGCUCAAAUUGAGAAGGAAGCUCUGAGCAUAAUAUUCGGAGUGAAGAAGUUUCACAAAUACCUGUACGGAAGGAAGUUCCAACUGCUGACAGAUCACAAGCCUCUGUUGGCCAUCCUUGGACCAAAAUCAUCUAUACCAACCCUUGCUGCACUUCGAAUGCAACGUUGGGCUCUGAUAUUGUUAGCCUACGACUACGAGAUUGAGUACAGACGAUCCAGUGAUCACGCAAAUGCAGAUGCACUAUCAAGACUACCAUGCAAUAGUGACUCCGACAGUGAAGAAUGA